CUAGUGUUUUGGCAUCACUACUAGAUUGUUCUAUCAGUACUCAACCAUGGUUUCUACUAGUAGAAUCACUUCUGCUGCUAUCUACUUGUUCUAUUUCAUUGUGUUGAUGUUGUCAUUCGCAUCUCUCAAGUCCGAAGGUCAACAACUCUUGUGUACGCCUGUUUUAGAUUCUAUUACACCGUGCAUUGAUUACGCUUUUACCGGUGGGCAGACCGUUCCACAACAGUGUUGUGAUAACAUAAAGAAAAUUUCUACGACAAAAGAUGAUAGGCAACAAGUUUGUCAAUGUGCAAAGAAUUUGGCACCGAUGGUUCCUGGGCUCAAUUAUGAAAAUGUAGGUAACAUUCUUAAGAAAUGUGGAGUCGAUGUAUCUCUCAAGAUUUCUCCCGAGAUUGACUGUGCCAAGUUGAACUGAUCAUGAAAGUUGAUUAUGAAGCGUGGUCUAAGAUGGAGGAAAGUUUGAAUAAAGGAAAAAGAAAAAAAAAAAAAAAAAAGGAGUCAUAUUCGUAGAAAA